GUCCAGACACUCCUUUGGUUUGAAAGCCCUGCAUGCUGGGUAAGGAGAACUGAAGGUCCGACGGAGGAAAGCACUACAAACGUACUCACACCGGCUGUUUUAACCUUCAUCUACACUGAGCAAGCUAAAUACGGAAUUCCGUGCUCUGCUGCAGUCUGAUAGCCAGUCUAUUGGGAAUGUAAUCUGCAUCCGCACCAUGAGAAUAAACCACCACGAUUUGAAGGAGUGUGCGUGAGCCCCCGGGGUGACCGAGGCGGGACCAUGGAGCCGGACGUCAUACGCAUGUACUCCUCGUCCCCGCCCCCCCUGGACGACGCGCCCGAGGAGGAGGACGAGGAAUUCGGGGACUUCGGCGGCUUCUCGGGGGUGGCCUCCAGCGUCAGCUUCGGCGAGUUCGACUCCCCCAAAGGCUUCGGCCAGCCCCGCGCCGCGGACACGUCGCCCCCCGGCCGCUCGGGCGGGACGGUCGCGGCCGGCUUCGCCCCGGGGGGUCCUGGCCGGGGCCCUGGUGCGGCCCAGCUGCGGUCCGACCCCCGUGAACCCCGCGACCCCGGCUGCAGCCACGCCUCCCCGCUGCCUGACAGGAUGUUCGGCAGCGAGGCUGUCCGAAAGCCCGCCCCCGGGGCCCAGACGGCCAGUGGCGGGCGAGCUGAGAGCCGCGCCCGCGACUGCAACCGGGACGUCCCGGCCGCGGAGGGUUUUAACAAUGGCUUUGGGCCGUUUGACGCGGAGGAAGCCCCUGUCGUCAGACCCAAAAAGAGAGGGCCGGCUGCUAAGCCCACGCCGGACUGCUGCGGGCACAGGCCUGUGACCAGCUCCACCCCAGCGGGCCCACCGCGAAUCACCCCGACCGUGGCGCCGCUAGCAGGCCUGAAUGACAGAGAAUGGGGCGAGUCUGAGCGUGGCAACCCUGAGCCCAGGACCGAACUUCCGAGCGCUCUGCGGGAACAAAGCCCAGCCAGUCUGAACGGAGCGGAGGAAGGGGGGGCAGAGGUAGGGGGGGCAGAGGACGAGUGUGCCGUCGGCCCGGGGACCGUCAGCGCAUCUGUCAGCGAUGACUUCGCGUCCUUCUGUCAGGCGGUGUCGCCGGACGGGCUGGAGGACUUCGGGGACUUCAACGCCACGGGCUUCGCUGCCUCGCCCUUCCUCGAAGGGGAGGAGCCGCCCGCCGAUCGCACCAAUGACGAGGGGAGCUCCGGGGACUUUGGCCAGACUGAGACACUGGACAGGGUCGCUGAUUUGGCCGCCAGGCCCACCACAGAAUCCACCGAGGAGGGGGAGUUUGGCAGGUCAGAAGACGGCGAGAGCGUAAAAAAGGAGGGGGAGGACGACCAGGGGGAGUUUGCGGGCUUUCCUGGCAGCGACAGCUUCGCCGACUUCAGCUCGGCGCCCACGGGGGCGGAGCCGGACAGCCCCGCGGGGUGGAGCGCGUUCGAGCAGCCGGAGGACGCCGCCCCGGCGGGGGGGAGUUCCUGGGCCGCGUUCCAGGCGGAGCAAGGCGCCGUGCUCGGGGGCGAGAAUGAGGAGACGAGCUGGGAUGAUGCCGCCACAGCGCCCCCGUCUGGCUGCCCCCGGACCUGCAGGAGGGACAGCUUGUCGGCGUCUCUGGUCAGCCGGUUGGAGAGGCUCUUCAGGGUCAGCUUUCCCGCGGUGGGGGAUCCCGAGGCGGGAGGAGAGGUCCCCUCCCUCAAGGCCCUGCUGGAGCCCCCUGACGGACGGCUGGAGCCAGGGGAAGAGAGAAGCUCCGCCUCCCACAGCACGGGGCCGCGGGACGUGUGGUGGCGGCUGCAGGACAUCCACGACGCCUUCGGCCUGCGCUACCAGUGGGGCGGCUCCCAUAGCAACCGGGCGCUGCUCUGCUCCCUGGGCAUCGACAACCGCAGCACCCUGUUUACAGGCCAGAAGAAACAGCCUGUGAUCGUGCCCGCGUACGCUGCCAGCCUGGGUAUGCUGGAGCCCACCAAAGACCCCGCGAGCCCCCUUUCAGCGGCAGAAAAGACAGCGUCUAUAGCACAAGCACCUUCCACCUCUCUGGAAAUGAGCACUUCACCAGAUUCCACUCAGGAGGCGCUCUUACCCAUCCAGUUUGACUGGAGCAGCAGUGGCCUUACUAACCCUCUGGAUGGUACGUCCCUCCGCCGUGCCGCGAGCUCCAGGGCUGCCAAUAGGAACGCUCGUCACUACAGACAGAGCUCUUAUUUACUGUUCACCUCUUUCUUCCUGUACUCAUGUGGAGCUUGCGUGUAUAAAUCUGGCUUCACUCUCCCUGCUUUCCUGCACCUCUCUCUCUCUCGCCCGGCCCUGUCUUCUGGCUGGGCCCUUCAGUCUCAAGCUAGAGGAGGUUCCUCUCUGCUUCACCUCAAGCUUUUUGGGGCUGCGGAAGUUUCUAGCUGUAGAAGCGCCUCCUCGCUCCCAGUACACCACCUCACCUCUUGCAAGCUAACCACAGCCAAGCUGGAGACCAGCAACACCAGCAGCCUGCCUGACUCCUUCGCCCACCCCAUCUCUGCUGUGGGGAAGACCUGCAGCUCUUCCAGGGAACACAGACAGGAGGGGGCCCUGAGCGAGGAGGCAGCCAGGGUGAUGGCAGCCCUGCCUGACCUGUCCUUCAUGCUGGCCAGAGUGGUGAUGUUUCCGGUGGCUGUCACCUGAACCAGCCUACCCACACCUGCCUAAUCCCGCCCUCACCUGAAUGAGCUCGCCUACACCUGCCUGAGCCGGCCCACACCUGCCUGAGCCCGCCCCCUUUGUUUUGGGGUUGUUCCUGUCAAUAUGCACUUAUUUUGUUUUUCAUUUUUGCUCCCUUUUCUUCUCACACUCCUCUUCCGUUUUUUUAAAAGUAUUUUAAAAGCUGCAUUUUUCUUCUGAAUAUGUACUGCGUCUAUAUCCACAAACAAGCUCUAUUUUGUAUAAGUAUGAUAACAAGUACGAAAAAUAAAAAAUGUUUAUUUAUAUACAGAAUAGCUAGAUAAAUCUUUGUUCAAUUUGUAAAAAAGCAGGAAGCACUUGGAUUAUUUUGUAAUACUAUUUAACUGGCUGGGUGUAAAUAUUUUUCUUUUGCAAGAUAUCGCUGGUUGAAGACUUGCAAGGCAAGAAUGAAGUGAAUAUGAAAGUACAUAAUACAACUUGAAAUGGCACUACCUGUAAAAUCCAGCGCUAUUUUUUUUUAUAAUUGUAGUUAUUGCCACCUUAUUUUUUGGUUUUACAGUAUGUAGAUUUUAUCCUAAAUUCUUUCAGAUAGACUCUCCUAUGAGCCCCUGUCCUAUUUUUGUGUGUGUGUGUCUGUUGUCAUUUUAAUAUAGAAGCAUUAUGAAAAACUGUGAAUAUGAUUAAGUACAGGUGUCUGUUUUUGUGUUUUGUUCAGUAUUUUGUGGGAUGUUUUAAUAUUGUUAAAACCACUGGGUUAAAGCGGCAAAAUGCAAUUUGCUAAGAUACAGAUAAUCUUCUCUCCUCGGAAGGAAUGAGGGACCAAUGCCCAUUUGGCUGGGCUUGUGAAUUAUUGCUGCUACUUCAUUUUGAUUUUGUCACUGAGUUUUUCUUUCACCUCUUCUCUCUUACCGCUGCAUACCAUUUUAAAGGCGGAUUUUGCACAUUGUAAAGACAUGAAUGUAAUCCUACUUAGCUGUGGUUUCAGACUGUAUACAGUAAUGCUAUGGAGUUUAAAAUGUGUGGGGAAAUUCCUGUGAAAGGACAUUGUUCUCCCGCUGGGCAUUUUAAAAAUGAAAGUAUACACCCUGUUUCAUACUUUAGUGUGUCUAUUUUCUUUUAGCGUAUAUGAAAAUAAAAUAAUUUAAGAAAA